UGGGUGAGGGAUGACCAGAAGACUUUCUUUUUCUCCACUACUCCUCCCAGAAUUCAGGAAGCUAGUUUCCUUCUCUGUCUGAGCAGAUAGCCCUGCAGAGGUUCAUGGUUCUUGCCAUAGGCUUUCCCAAAAAGCCAAAAGUCUGCAAGAACCAGUCGUGUAGUAUUAAAGAAUCAAGUGGACCAAGUGGGAACUGUGAUAAAACUGGAGAGCAGCUGCUUUGUCCCACAGGAGAGGAGCUACUCAGCCCCAGCUAACUGUGUCUUGUGGGAUGGAGGCCCAGGAUUAGCAGAUGCCUGGAUCUUAAGUGUUGGCAGUUUAUUUUAAAAAUUGUACAUGUUGUACAAUCAAAAUUCAGACAGAGAUUUCAUUCCUUGGCCACCAUUUUCAACCUCUGGUCUAGAGACUUCCUUACUGGUAGUUCUUAAUGUGAUCUUGCACACUGGUGAGGCUCACUGAGUAGGACAGUGCCACGUGAUAGGUGUCUGCCUAGACUGAAGAGCCCCAGUUCACAACUGAAAAGAGGAAGGGGUGGUGCAUCAAUCGUCGGGUAGAAGAGGAAACAGAUUUUACUGUUAGUAGUUCUGGGCUUUUUGUGGGGGUCAGCCUCCUGUUGUAACUCACCCGCCUACUCACCAGUUUUCUUAUGAGCAACAGCAGGAGGAACCAACCAUGUGAGGAGGAACAUGAUGAGCAGGCAGAGCAGAGAGCCCAGGAGGGAGAGCAAGGGACUUUACCUGCAGAAGGAAGGGCACAAGCCUGCAGGGGAGAGGAAAUGCAGGCCCUUGUCCUGACCUCAGCACCACCCACUCAUGUACCCCAAGGAUGCCCUCCCAACUCCUUAGGUCUUUCCAGCCCUGGACCUUAACCUCAACACCUGCCCACAUUAACCAGGCAGCCAGGUAAUGUAGGUGUAGAAACAGCCAAAGUUGAUGAGGGCACAGGUGCAGAGCAGGAAGUUGGCGAUGAUGGGGGCAAUGAUGUUCAGCUCGGCUUUAGGGGAGUUGAAAGGUCCGGAGUGAGUCUCCACACUAGUGUCAUAAGAUCCAGGUCUAAAAGUCAGAGACAUCAUUUUAUGGCUUUCCCCAUUCUCUUUAUUCCCUUCUCCUUACUCCACCUGCACAUUCCCUUCUCCUUACUCCUUACAUACCACCCCUACCACUGCAAGGUUAGGAGACAUUUUUGUCCACUUUUAGGAAAACUGAUAGAAAAGAGGCUUUAGGAUCAGGUCCUAGAAGCCAGAGGUAGGGCUGGGAAGGGCAUGAGAGGAAUGGUGAUUAAUAGAGCCUGGUGUGGAGGGUGGGGUGGGGAAUAAGGAUGAAACCUACAGCAAUGAGGAAGGUGAGCAGAUAGCUCCACAGAGGCUUGUGGUUUUUGCCAUGGCCUUCCCCCUCCCCCCAAAAAAGCCAAUGACUGGGUAUGGUUUAUCCUGGCACAGCUGCUGCAGACACCAUGCUCAUGGCCUGAGGAAAAGGGCAGACAGAAGGGAAAAUCAAUGCAUUCCUAAAACAAUGCUUUCUACCCAUGUUUUCACCUAGUUUUCCCAGACUUACUAGAAUUUAUCUGCAUCUUUGAAGGUUUUACCCCAUUCACAUGAAUCAAGCAUCUAUGCUAUGCCAGGCAAUGGGCAAGCCUUCGCUCUCUAUACUUCUCUGGUUCACUCACCUCAUAGUGACUAGCGAGCCCAUAGAGGCAGGACCCUUGCUCUCGACAACCGCUGAAAUCCCAGCCAUAUUGGCACUUUGCGGCCAGGCAACUCCCAUUCUGUACACCCUUGUCAGUCCUAUUUUCUGAAGCAUCUUGAAUCAUAUAGGAACCUGGAAAUGAGAUUGAGGAUACACAUUUCUUCAUGGGAAUAAAACCCCAUCCCAAAGCAGUAGGGCUGUCUAGGUACCACCAGUACCAAAAGGGGAAAUGGAAGUAUGGCAGGGGUUGGGGCAGUAGGGAAAUGACCAAGUUUGAUAAUCACAGAACACCAUACAAUUCAUUAACAGAUAUGAGGGAUGGGGGAAACAUGAAGGGUGGAGUGGGAGUCACUACAGACUCACCAGCCUUGAUGUUGCCUUUGCUGGAGAGGGCUGAGAUAGACAACCCAGUGACAGUAUGACUGAUGUCAAGAAUAGGAUAAUGAGCCAUGGGCACCCUGCAGUGAGGAUGCCCCCUUCUUCAGAAGCACUCCCCAAAAACUCCCCUGGAGCAAAGAGUUCUCACCUACCUAGAUCCCCAGACUUAGGGAACCAUGAGCUCCAAUCCAUUACCAUGCCUUCUGUGACCCAGCUGAAGUGCACUGGGGCCUUGCUGGUCCUGGCCCCAGAAUUCUCCAGAUCAUCUUGGGAGUGUGGCUUGGUGUGGGGUUCCUCUGUCGAGGUGAACAUGGUGCUAUAUCCUGGCUGAGAUACCAAGACCCCUCACUAGCCAGUGCAUCUGCAACCAGGAGGAUAGCUAAUGGACCUGGAGGGCAGUCCCAGAGCUGUAAUGGAAGGUGGUGGUAGCCCACAUGCAGAUUUUAUCCUACCUUCAGGAGUUUACUGUGGGACCUGGGUCUUACCAAGCUGCAUGGAGCUAUCCCAGGACUAUGGAAUUGGCAUAGAACUUGUAGCAGGCUGGGCACGGUGGCUCAAGCCUGUAAUCCAGCACUUUGGGAGGCCGAGGCGGGUGGAUCAUGAGGUCAAGAGAUCGAGACCAUCCUGGUCAACAUGGUGAAACCCCUGUCUCUACUAAAAAUACAAAAAAUUAGCUGGGCAUGGUGGCGCAUGCCUGUAAUCCCAGCUACUCAGGAGGCUGAGGCAGGAGAAUUGCCUGAACCCAGGAGGCGGAGGUUGCGGUGAGCCGAGUUCGUGCCAUUGCACUCCAGCCUGGGUAACGAGUGAAACUCCGUCUCAAAAAAAAAAAAAAAAAAAAACUCGUAGCAGGGUCCAGGGUCCUCAUCCUUGUAGGCAGGUGGUGAGCAGAGAUACUGGCUUGGGAUAUGACUCCACCAGAUUGCAGUUCCUCCGCCUCCUGGUCGGGGGUCAAGAUGCUGGUCACAUUGUCUUGCUGCGGGGAGGCUAUGAGAGGCAUCUGAAAUGUAUGAACUAGGAAAGAGGGUGCAGAGCCUGGACACUAUCUCCCCUUUUGCUGGCCAUGAAAACCACAAACUGCCUCUCAGUCAUUCUGGAAAGUGCACCUGCUGGCUAGGCUCACCCAGGGAAUGCUAGCUACUAAGAGUUGCCGAGGUACCCAGGCAACAAAUGGGGGAAUGGAGACAGCUCUGAAAGUAGGAGGGGGUGCUUUGAGGGUCAGCCCACUUUCCCACCCUACCCCACCCUCCACAUGAGCCCUUUCAUCUGAAUCACAAGGGACAAUCAUACUCCUUCCCUUCUUAAGUCUGCCUGUGGAGUCAACCUAUCUGGCCUGGGCCAGACAUUGUAUAGGCCAGGAAGUAGCCGCUCUUGGCCUACCCUACCUCCCCAAGAGAAGGGAGAGGAAGUACAUCACUGCAUCUUCUCCCAAAUCCUUUCCCCAAUAUGAUACUCAAAACUGUGGCACAAAGUGACUGCCAGGCUUUUAGGGGCUUUAGUCAAGCACCUGGUCUCAGGAUGAGAAAAGAGUUGUUGUCCUGGAGGGAGAGGGAGUGGCUGUUACUGACUGGCUCAAACGGAAUACCUGCAUGCCCAUAGCCCAUCUAGCACAGGACUCUGGUUUCCACAGCAUGCAGCUCAACCACACCUUCCACUAUCUGGUUCUUAUCCCAGUGCCAAGAUGGGAGUUAGAAUUCCCCAGACUGGGCCGGGCACGGUGGCUCACGCCUGUAAUCCCAGCACUUUGGGAGGCCGAGGCGGGUGGAUCACGAGGUCAAGAGAUCGAGACCAUCCUGGUCAACACGAUGAAACCCCAUCUCUACUAAAAAUGCAAAAAAUUAGCUGGGCAUGGUGGCGUGUGCCUGUAAUCCCUGCUGCUCAGGAGGCUGAGGCAGGAGAAUUGCCUGAACCCAGAAGGCGGAGGUUGUGGUGAAACGAGAUUGUGCCAUUGCACUCCAGCCUGGGUAACAAGAGUGAAACUCCGUCUCAAAAUAAAGAAUUCCCCAGACUUUUUCAAAGACACUGGGUUGAAUUUCAGACUCUCACCCUGGACCCCACCUCUGGACAGAGAGGAAGCCCUGUGCUGGGGGUGAGACAUCUAGGUCCAUAACCCUGAUCCCUGCCCCUUCACUUUCCCCACUCCUCCGUCCUCUAUGGAUAAGGCUGGGCUAUGUUCGCUCCUGGGUCUCAGCUGUUCCCUCCUGGGUCCUAGAUUUUUUAUUUUUUGAGACAGGGUUUUGCUCUGUCACCCAAGCUGGAGUACAGUGGUACAACCUCGGCUCACUGCAACCUCUGCUUCCUGGGCUCAAGUGAUCAUCCCACCUCAGCCUCCUGAGAAGCUGGGACUAAAGGUGUGGCCUACCAUGCCCAGUUAAUUUUUGUACUUUUUGGUAGAGAUGGGGUUUCACCAUGUUGCUCAGGCUCGUCUCAAACUCCUGGCCUCAAGUGAUUCAUCUGCCUUGACCUCCCAAAGUGCUGCAACUACAGGCAUGAACCACCACGCUCAGCUAAUUUUUGUAUUUUUUGGUAGAAAUAAAAAAUCUGUGGUUUCAUCAUGUUGCCCACGCUGGUCUCAAACUCCUGAGCUCAAGUGACUCACCCACACCAUGCCUCCCAAAGUGCUAGGAUUACCGGGAAGAGCCACCAUGCCCAGCCAGGUCCCAGCUUUAUCAUUUACAGAAAAGUCAACAGCCAAAGCCCAGUCCAGACUCUGCCUGACCCUUCCAGCCCACUCUGCUAUCCAGCAAACCCCAGCAUGAGCCUCUCAGACACCCCACAUUAUCCUUCUCAGCUGGAGAGUAUCUCUCUUCCCGUCCAGAAGGAUUGCCUUGGACUCCCGGUGCACGCCCAGAGAGCUGCUUCCUGGCCUUCCUCCCCAGACGAGGAUCCCAGUUUGCCUUCCUUUCCUCUGGAAGAGCCUGACCCCAGGCCCCUGGUCCCAGGGAACCUUCCCUUUUCAGCCUCGUCUCUAGAGGAAGAAGAGGAAGAGGAUGAAGAUGAAGACGAGACGGAGCCCGAGUGGCUGCGCAGCGAGGAGCAUCCGAGCCAGUUUUUCGCCGAGGCCCAGCGGCUGCGGGAGCAGAGACUGUUGUUGGACGAAGAGGUGUCAGUCGCGGGGCGGGUAUACGGGGUGCAUCGGGUGAUCCUGGCCGCAGUCAGCAGCCUCUUCCGAGACAGGCUGCUGGGCGGCGGAGGUCCGCGGCCCCCCUUCAGCCUCGAGGUAUCCCCAGGGGGAUGGGAGGCCGUGCUGACCUUUGCCUAUGAGGGGGUGCUGGGCCCCGCCCCGCAGGGGGAUGUGCUGGCGGCAGCUGAGACGCUGGGAGCGCCCCGGGUGAAGGCUGCUGCCCAGGGGAGAUGCAAGAGGGCUGGAAAUGCCCGGGAAGAUGUAAAGAAGCCCAGCCAGGCAGAGGAGCUGAGGGAGAACCUGCGCGGAAUCGAGCUCCUCUACCGAGAGGGCAUCGGGUGUGACUUGAAGCUGGAGGCAGGCGGCUUCCAGCUGCGGGUGCACCGAGCGGCCCUGGCCUGUGGCAGUGAGUUCUUUGGGGCCAUGCUCCUGAGCGGGAUGAGGGAAUCCAAGGGCACAGAGGUAUCUCUGCGGACCAUCUCUACCCGGGACCUGCGACUCCUUGUCUCUUUUGCUUACUCUGGAGUUGUGCGGGCAAGGUGGCCAGGACUCCUGAGAGCUGCUCAGGCUGCUCUGCAGUACCAGAGCUCUUCCUGCCUGGAUUUGUGUCAGAAAGGCUUGGCACAGGGCCUCAGCCCCGCCCGUUGCCUGGCCCUGUUCCCCAUGGCGGAAGCCCCUGGGUUGGAGAGGCUCUGGAGCAAAGCCCGUCACUACCUCCUCACCCACCUACCUGCUGUAGCCUUGUGCCGUGCUUUCCCUUCUUUACCAGCUGCCUGCUUGGCUGAGCUCCUGGAUAGUGAUGAGCUCCAUGUACAGGAGGAGUUCGAGGCCUUUGUGGCUGCACGGUGUUGGCUAGCUGCCAACCCCGAGACCCAGGAGUCAGAGGCCAAGGCCCUGCUGCAAUGUGUCCGCUUUGGCCGCAUGUCCACCAGAGAGCUGCGGAGGGUGCGGGCAGCCGGGCUACCUCCACCCCUGACCCCAGAUCUGUUGCACCAGCUGAUGGUAGAGGCUGAUGUUCCAGGCCAAGAGAGACGGAGGGAGCCUGACCAAGCACUGGUAGUGAUUGGUGGGGAUGGGCUCAGACCAGACAUGGCCCUAAGACAACCAUCCCAAGCAGUGUGGUGGGCCCGAGCCUUCUGCUGUGGCAUCGGACUUGUAAGAACUGUGGAGUGGGGGCAGCUGCCUGCCCUGCCUGCCCCAGGACGCUUCCGGCAUGGGGCUGCGAGCCUGGCAGGAAGUCAACUCUAUGUGUGUGGGGGACAAGAUUUCUACAGUCACUCCAACACCCUGGCAUCAACUCUCAGGUGGGAGCCCAAUCAAGAGGACUGGGAGGAGAUGGCUCCUCUGUCCCAGGCUCGAAGCUUUUUCCCCUUGGUGGCACUGGAUGGACAACUUUAUGCCCUAGGUGGAAGACAAAAUGGUGUUGCCCUGGACUCUGUGGAGACCUACAACCCUGAGCUCAAUGUCUGGAGGCCAGCACCUGCACUUCCAGCACCAUGUUUUGCCCACGCAGCUGCCAUUUUGGAGGGCCGAUUGUAUGUGAGCGGUGGCUGUGGUGGGACUGGCCAAUACCUGGCCUCACUGCUGCACUAUGACCCCAAACUUGAGAAGCCAGGGACAUUUCUGAGCCCUAUGGGGGUACCUCGGGCUGGCCAUGUCAUGGCUGCACUGGGUGGGCGGUUGUAUGUGGCAGGUGGGCUGGGUGAGACUGGGGACCUGCUGAGUUUUGAGACCUAUGAACUAAGGACUGAUAGCUGGACUCACCUGACACCUCUACCUUCCCCCCAUGUGGGAGCUGCAGGUGCUGUGCUGCAGGGGGAGCUGCUGGUGCUGGGGGGCUACAGUCACCGUACUUAUGCCCUCUCCCACCUUAUCCAUGCCUACUGUCCCGGCCUGGGCCGAUGGCUUUGCCUGGGAACUCUGCCAAGGCCCCGGGCUGAGAUGCCUGCCUGCAUCCUGACACUGCCCACUGUGCAGCAUACAGCUUUGGUUCCCACCCCGCACCAAACCAAGCCUGCUGGGUGAAGAGGGAGCAACAGUGUAUGGCGGAGGAAGGCGUAAGAAAUCGUCUGGGAGAAGGACAGAGAUUAUGGGAGAGAAAGAGAAGGUUUUAUUCGUGGCAGAAGUUUAUUCUCAUGCUGUGCAUUGUAAACUGCUUUUGUACGUUUGAUCUCCAUUGAGGAAAUGGUGGUUCCAGAACUCCUGGGGAAAGCAUAUUGGGGAAGGGGAGGCAGCUGAAUAUCCAGGUAAGGAAAGGAGAGCCAGGAGCAAUUGCACAAGGCUGAAGGAUUCUUGGGAGGGAAAGUUCAUCUGGUUGGAAAGAGAGUUAAGAAGCUUCAGUAGCCAAAGUGUAGAGAUCAUGAGAGGACAGUCAGGUAAAUGGUUCUGACCCAUGGAUCAAGGGAAAAAUGGGGAAUGGCCAUCCAUGAAAGAGUUUGAGGAGUGUGGGAGGAAGGACUGUAAGUCAUUCAGUCCUUUUUUCCCCCAGAACUUGCUCCUUUCUCCUCGCCCAUCCCUGGGAUGCCUAACUCUUCUUUUUUAAAUUUUAUUUUAUUUUUGAGAUGGAGUUUUGCUUGUUACCCAGGCUGGAGUGCAAUGGCGCUAUCUCGGCUCACCGCAACCUCUGCCUCCUGGGUUCAGGCAAUUCUCCUGCCUCAGCCUCCUGGGUAGCUGGGAUUACAGGCACGCGCCACCAUGCCCAGUUAAUUUUUUUGUAUUUUUAGUAGAGACGGGGUUUCACUAUGUUGACCAGGAUGGUCUCGAUCUCUUGACGUCGUGAUCCACCCACCUCGGCCUCCCAAAGUGCUGGGAUUACAGGCGUGAGCCACCACGCCCGGCCCGACUAGCCCUUCUUAACAGUAUUCUUUCUCAGGUAAUUUUGUUGGCCUGGUCUAGUGUUUCCUAGCUGAGACACCACAGGCCGCCCCUGAGAGCCUCUUGGUUUCCUUCUGAGGCAGAAGCUCCCACCUGGACAUGGAUGGCACAGCAGCCUGAGAGGCCUGAUUGGUCCUCCAGGGCCACUCCUGGUCCUCCAGGAGUGGUGUGUGGGGAAGAUGAGGGGGGCAGAGGACAAGGAGGGAAAGGCCCAAAGUGGAAAACAGAUGAUCUGAGGUUUGAAGAGAUGGGAUGGAAGAAGUCAGAACGCUGUCUGGCUUCUUUCUUUCCCUUUGGGCAAUUUGAGGAAUCAGGAGUGAAAACGAGACCAUUGUUGUGUGAGGUCUCAAGUGGUGAGCGGAUGUGGCAGAGAGAAGAGUGAGAAGCAGACAAGACUCAGGAAAGUCAUUUCCCCCUUUCAGUCCCUUUCCCCAGAGUUAUUUUUAAAUUAAUUUCCCUUUUUCUUGGCCAGGGAAGGAGGUCAGAUGCAUCCUCUUUCUCUCUUCCUCCAUCCUCCUCUCUCCAGUACCCUUUUUUUUUUUCUUUCUCUUCUUUCUCCCUCACACAGUUAUUAAUCACCUACUUUGUGGUAGGCACUGUAGGAGGCACCAAGGAUACAGAGUUCACAGAGCCCCUGACCAGCAGAUAGACCUAAACAAAUACAAGUUUUGAGUGGACUUAGACAUAUGGACGGGUCUUGUGAGAGCCCAGAGGAUGGAGCAGGGAACUCUGUCCAGAAAGGCUUCUGUUAGAGAAAGUGUUAUCCGAUGGGUAUAUUUUGAACUGGAUCUUAAAGGCUGCCUGGAAUCUCGCCCAUUAGAGAAGGGGGAAUGCAUUCGAAACACAAAGAAGUGAGGCAUGCCUACCCUGUUUCUCCAUAGCAAAGGGGAAGUUGGUAUUCCAGAGGUUCUUCAGAUAAUUCUGCUGCUCUUGCCACCUAGCCUCUUCUCUGGAGCCUUCCUGAGGAUAAUGGCUUUCACUUAAUGACUUUGUAUUCCCGCCCUCUACCACUCAUCUGUAUCCUUCUUGUCUGCUAUUUUCAUUUCUGCAGCCUGGACAGCUGAGAACAAAAAAAGGGUCAGGGAGUUUUUUGUGUAGGUUGAUUUUCUAUUACCAUUACUUAUUAAGAUUUUCAUGUUUCUAAGAGUGUGAUGGAGCCUCCUUUGCACUGUUCUUCAUUCUGGCCCCAGAAGUACUUGACAUGCAUUUUAUUUAUUUAUUUUAAGAUUUUGUUAUUUUAGUAAGGAUUUUUCUAUGUCUCUAUUUAAGCUAGACUAGGAAUGUAGUCACAAAUGAGAAAGGGUAAGUACGACGUAUAAGAGAAAAGAAAAGGAAGAAGGAAGAAAGGGAAGAAGGAAAUUGAGGGAGAUGCGAAGCUAUAAUAAUUGGAUGAACUUCUAUGAACAUUUUUUGUGAUUUGUACCUAAAGACAGGCUUAAAUAAAGGUUUCACAGUGAUUGAA